AUGGAAGACCAGGAUUCUGCAAACCAUUUACCUCAUGGCUGGUACUACUACUACUACUACUACUACUACUACUACUACUACUACUACUACUACUACUACUACUACUACUACUACUACUACUACUACUACUACUACUACUACUACUACUACUACUACUACUACUACUACUACUACUGCUGCUGCUGCUACUACUACUACUACUAG